AUGCUGAGGGUAAGGAACCAAAGGGCAUCUAAGGCGAGAAGCCCAUGUGGAUACGCAGCCGUGCCAAAUGGAACAAAUACAGUUGCCUCGAGUAGUGUAUUGGCACGAGGUCGUCGCGGAAAUCGUCGAGGAGGUCAAGUGAGACAGCCCGUUCCUCAGACACAAGCGACUCCUCCAACACCUGCGGCUCCGACGACACCAGCGACACAGGCGUCAACUGAAGCAGGCCAGGGAAUGUCACGGAGCGGGAUGAUUGGGAUGAUUCCUCACAUGCCGCCCAUAGUUAACCCCACCCCUGACGCACCGAGUGCGUUGUCGUCACAUGUUCCCAUGAAUCAAGUGGUCAAGAUUCCGACAGUUGGCUCCUACAGCAGACAAUUUUCCAUGUCAAAUUCCUGCUCCAUUUUGGGAGAUUAUUCAUCAACUAUAGAUCAACUGUUAGAAGCCAGUAUAUCUGAAAACUCAAAUUCAGUUUGGAUCAUUGGCUCAUCUAUUAUUCAUUGGGCACAGAAAUAUGCAGAGAACUUAAAUCAGUUAAACCUUGGAUUAAACCACUUUACCAUUAAUUGGAAUGGUAGAAGGGGAAUGGUUUGGGAGUACUUGUAUACAACUGUGUCAAGUAUGUUAAUAGCUAAUAAACAACCAACUAUUUUGAUAAUUCACUGCGGUGGUAAUAAUAUUGGGGACCCUCAAAAUACCCUUAAAGGUAUUCAAAAAUUCAUGAAACUAACUUUAUCUCAAAUAGCAGACCUCUUGCCAAACACUCUCAUUGUAUGGUCACAUAUAUUACCUAGAAGUAAUUGGAGGCAGUCUUUAUCAACCAUUGAAGGUGAAAACUCUAGGCGUAGAAUAAAUAGUGCCAUUGCAACAUUUGUUUUGAAAAAGCUUAAUGGUGCAUCUAUAAAAUAUCCAGAUAUCCAGAUAACUCAAAAGAGAUUAUUUAGAUUAGAUGGUGUGCAUUUGUCAGAUCUGGGUAACAAUAUAUACAUAAAUUCCCUGAAAAAUGCUACUGUGCAGUUUGUGACAUCUUCCUCUCGCACCUAUCCUUAA